GAUUUUUUCGGAGCUGAUUUGGAAGCAACAGAUGUACAUUUUAUUGCUGACCUAGUCAAGACAUUUCUUCAAGAGUUGCCAAGUCCUGUAAUACCUUCGCACAUCAACCUGGACCUCAUCCAAAUGCUGCUAGAGCCUGGUGAAGACAAGCAGAAAAGAGCACGCAUUUCUUUAAUUUUACAACCACCUACCAUCCCUAUUCAACAUGUUCUCACUUUGCAGUGUAUACUUUGGCAUAUUGGAAAGGUAUGCAGCUUUGGCAGUCUUAAUGGCUUCAACGUGAAGGUAGCUGCAGAAAUUUUUGGACCAUUGUUGAUUCGACCUAUGAUCACAGGGGCAGAAGCCUUACCAGAUUAUCCUGCUGUUCUCUUGGAACUUCUGCUGCAAGAUAAUAAUGUUCCUAAAGAACACCCUCCUCCUGCUCUCCCUCCAAAACCAACAAAACCUAAACCACUGGCCUGCACGACCAAUGUGAAUGGAGGAACAUUGCAGGAGGCAGAGUGGUACUGGGGGGACGUUUCUAGAGAAGAGGUGAAUGAUAAACUCCGGGACACACCAGACGGGACAUUUUUGGUGAGAGAUGCUUCCAGCAAAAUUCUGAGGGAAUACACGCUUACAAUCAGGAAAGGAGGAAACAACAAACUGAUCAAGAUAUUCCAUCGAGAUAACAUGUAUGGCUUCUCUGAACCCUUAACAUUUACAACAGUGGUAGCACUCAUUACACAUUACAAACAUGAGUCUCUAGCUCAGUACAACCCCAAACUGGACAUCAAACUGCAGUACCCCAUGUCCAAGUAUCAGCAGGACCAGAUUGUGAAAGAAGACAGUGUGGAAGCUGUAGGAGAACAGCUUAAGGUUUAUAAUCAGCAAUACAGAGACAAAAGCCGGGAAUUUGACUCCCUUUAUGAGGAAUAUACCAGAACAACUCAGGAACUACAGAUGAAGCGCACAGCCAUUGAAGCUUUCAAGAAACUAUCAAAAUCUUUGAAGAGCAGUGUCAGACCCAAGAAGCAUUCACUAAGGACUACAUUGAAAAGUGUCGUAGAGAGGGCAAUAACCAGGAGAUUGAGAGGAUUUUGAUGAAUUCUCAAAAAACUAAAGUCUCGAGUGACUGAAAUUCAUGACAGCAAGAAGAAACUGGAGCAAGACUUAAAAAAGCAAGCAAAUGAAAAUCGUGAAAUUGACAAGAAAAUGAACAGCUUGAAGCCAGACCUUUUGCAGCUGCGUAAACUUAGAGACCAGUAUCUGGUUUGGCUGCUUGGCAAUGGGGCUCGUCAAAAAGAUAUCAGUGAGUGUGGCUGGACUUGAAGAAUGAACCUGAAGACCCAUACUCUAUGAUGGAUGACGAGGAGGAUCUCCCACACCAUGAAGAAAGGACUUGGUACAUGGGAAAGAUGAAAAGAGAGCAGGCUGAAGAGAUGCUGGCUGGGAAGGCAGAUGGUACCUUUCUGAUUCGGGAGAGCCGCCAGAAAGGCUGUUAUGCCUGCUCAGUUGUGGUCGAUGGUGAUACAAAACACUGCGUUAUCUACAAGACAACCACUGGAUAUGGCUUUGCUGAGCCCUAUUACCUUUACUCUUCAUUGAAAGAGUUGGUGUUGCAUUAUCAACAUACAUCCUUGGUGCAGCACAACGAUGCCCUUAAUGUCACUCUGUCACACCCUGUGCUAGCACCACCAUCUCGGUGA